CGCGAGGAGCGGAGCGGAGCUGAGGCGGCUGUGAAUGUUUUCUAAAGAAAAGAAGCAGCCGCUGGAUAAUUAAAGACAUGAAUUAACAGUGUGAACUUGCUGACUUAUAAUGUGAGACACGAGGCUCCGUGUGUGUGCGGAUGCUUCUUCGGAGCACUUUCUUCACCGGGCUGCAACCUCACGCUUUGUUAUUGGGCGGAGCAGUAAUGUUAGCUACUAGCUUUAACUUUAGCUAACAGCUAACGUCAGGUAACAAUAACCGGCUGUGGUGUCACGUGACCCCCCUCGUUGUUUUAUUGCUGCUUGGCUAGCUAACAACAGCCCGUCUCCUGUCCUCCGCCUGAACUCAUGGAUCCCGGUGGGAGUGAACUGGACUCCAGCCUGCCUCAGCCCGAGAACCCGUGUCUGAUCGUGGAGGAUUCUCAGCCGGACAGCGUCGCUCUGGAGGACGAUCCCGAGAGCAGCUACCGAGCUCUGCUGGCCCGCCGCCUUUCCAGCCUGCAGCCCACCGCUCGCAGUCCGGUUCUGGAGCUGAUAUCCUCCCCUCUUGGAAGCAGGCACUCUCAGACUGACAGCCAAUCAGAGAGCUCCCAGAGUAACAACCAGGCUGAACCCGGCAUCACAGCGGCCAAUCCCAGUUCAGCCUUUCAGGAAGAGAGUCAAGUUCUGAACAUUUGCCCUCCUCCGAGCAAGAGGAAGUGUGCCCCAGAGGAUGCUGAUAUGGAAUCUGGAGCUGACUCUACCACACACUGCAUUCAGUCUGAGGAGGGAACCUCUCAAUUUGGGUUUCUCGAGCUUUCUCAGAGUCAGGAUGUGUGUGGCGAAGUGGUGAACAGUCGGGAGGAAGAAGACUGCAUCGUACCUCAGCCGAACAGUGAGCGACGCCCCAAAUUAGCAGAGCAGAACAUCAGCCCCAGGACUUCAGACAGUCAGGACAGCAAAGCAGUGAGAUCUGAGGUGAGCUCCAGCAGCUCACUGGAGUCUCCGGGUCAGUCGGGCAGGCAGCUCAGCGUCCAGGCUCUGCUGCACUCGGAGGGUCUGCAGGCCUCUGGUGAGCGGGACCAGCAGGACUGUGAGAUCCUGUCCUCGCAGGAGGAUCUGUUUGAAACUGACAAGACAGGUGCCGCAGUAGACAGCACGGUGUCUGAGCCAGAGCAGCAGGGUGACCCCUCCCCGACACCGGCCCACACCCUGCGACUGCUGCACCUGUCUGGACAGGGAACGCUGGUGCAGGAAAGUCUGUCCCAGAGCUCUGUCGACUACGUUGCCCCCACCCCAGACAACUUCACCCACACCCCUUUAAUUGUUCCCAGCUCACCCACUGGACCAGAGAAUGAACACGGUGCUGACGAGCCGAUGGACACUUCACUGCCCCCAGAAAAUCGAGCAGGGGAAAAAGAAGAGCCGAUGGACACGGAGGCCGCCUCUAAGCCACACCCAUCUGCCUCUACUCCCGUAUCCCAGAAUUCUCCUGGUUUCAUGUUAGAGCGAACUCUCUCUUUACCCUCCCAGCCAGAGUUCUCUCAUGACGUGUUUGUCCCAACGCAGAGCCAGGACAGCCCACAGCAGUCAGAUAAGAAGACGGCAUCGCCGCCUCCUGAUAAACAGUCUCAGCAUCAGGAGUCGGCUGCUUUCACUUUGCCUUUGCAGCUCUCUGAGAACACGGAGAGCAGUCAGCCAGCUCAGCAGACCUCACAGCACGCUGAGGAGGACAGCCAGGCCACUCAGAUAGAGGAGCUGGAAGAGCCGCCCGGCGUCGACACCAGCGACUCUGUGAUUUCACGCCGCGAUCAGAGGGCCGAGAGCAACGGCAUCCCGACAGAGUCGCAAACUGCCACCGGCUCCGAAGCUUCCACCUCUGCUGAAUCACCAAAGCAUCGCGGCGAAUGUGCCAAGAACGAGCAGUCCAAGCCCAAUCUGUCGCACAAGUCUGACGUGCACCAAAAGACUUCUUUGAAUGUACAACAUGUGAAUGUAAAAGAGAAGAAGAGUGACGGCAAAGAGGCGAGCUCUGCUGCCGUGGUGUCCUGCUCUCAAGCAAAGUUUGAUUCUUCUGAUCUGACUGUUAACAGCUGCGUGCAGGAGACGCCUUCGGACACCACGCCCUGCAGUUUGCCCUCUCAGUCGAUGAUCUGUCAGACGUCUGCUGUGGAUGUGGUGAAGAGCUCUGUCGACCUGAGAGGGGGGGGGGCUGCCGAGAGUCAGUCCGUCCAAUCUUUGUCGCAGACUUGUGGAAAUGUUGGUAACAGUCAGCCAGUCAAAGACACGAUGGAUGAGUGUGAGCGGGGCGAAGCAGCAGAGGAGGAGGUGCUGAUGGAGGCGGAGGAGGAGGAGGAGGAGAGCACGUUGGGAGGCAGGGCUUCGGGAAUGGCUCUGCUUCUCUCUCAGAGUCAGCUGCUGUCUCCUGAGCCCAUGGAGGAGGACAGCGAAGACAAAGGAGAGGACAGUGUCAUCGUUGUUACAGACAGCGAGAGAGACUCUCAGACGCCUCAGAAAGACGUGACGCUGCAGUCAAAGACCAACAGCUCUCAGCCAAUCAGAGGGACAGUCUCCACUAACGGCCACGAGUCCCAGGCUCCGGCAAAGAUGGUGCACGUGGCUUCUGAUAGGCUCUCCCAGACUGAGAGGGCGGGACCCGAACCAGAGGGGCACAAAGACAAGAGCCUGAGUGACAGCUCAGGAGAGAUUUCCUUCCACUUCACGCUUCCUAAAGAAGGAGAGCUGAUUGGUCCUGUUGUGGGUGCCACGCCCCCUCUAAUCAGCCAGCUGAAGCAGACGCUGAGACACAGCACUCCCAUUGAGAUCACUUCCUUUUCUGAAAAGUCGGACGUGGUGGGUGACGUCUCUGCAGAUGUGGCGAUGGCAGCCAGCGACAUCGUGUCAGGGGACAGCGGGGAGGACACGGCGGAAAAAGCAGACGGAAAGCUGAGUUUGAGGAUGAAGCUGGUGACUCCUGUGGAAGAGGGCAGCUCAGAACGCUUCAGCCUGCAGAAGCCGGCGCUAUCAGAAGAGGAGGGGUCUGGGGUCAAGGUUACCGCUGUUGCCAAGGCUGUAGCCAGCCCGUCAGUGUUCAGUCGAGUCAGGCAGGUGCACAGACAGCAGGAUGCAGAGGAGGUCACCACACCUGUCAGAGGGGAGCUGUUCGCCUCGCCACAGAGGAGCUCCCAGGCGUCCUUGCUGGGUUGCAACAGCCUCCCGAACAGCCUAUCAGAGCCGUCACAACAGGAAGUGCUGGCAGCGGCGCAGGAGACCUCUAAGGAUCCUCCCGGCCCUGACGACCAUGCCGAGGACAGGCGAGGACCGCCUGGAGCUCCAGAGCUGCCCAGCCCAGUCAGGACAGAUGCCAGACAGAGGGUCUCCCAGCAGACCUUUGACAACAUCAUCACCUCCAGUCCGUCUAACAAGCUCCGUCAGCGGACAGUCUCCCAGCAGACCAGCUUCGAUGCACCGGGGCUACGCUCCCCAGCUGGCAGGGGUGAACGAGAGUCUCCGUCCUACAGGAGGACCACGGGCCCCUCCCACCGCAGGCACGUGCGCACCAUCCAGGAAGUGAGGACCACCAUCACACGGAUCAUCACAGACGUGUAUUAUGAGGACGGCAAAGAGGUGGAACGCAAAGUCUCAGAGGAGAGCGAGGAGCCCGUGGUGGACUGCCAGGUGUUGGACAGCGACAUCUCCCCGUGCCGCACGGGCAGCAGCUCCGUGACCUCUGGCGACCUGGGCGACAUCAGCUCUCUGUCGUCCAAGGCCUCCAGCCUGCAGCACAGCUCCGGGGGAACCAGCAGCAGCAUCGGCCUCAGCAGGCCGGACUUCAUCAUGCCGCCCAGCCGGGGGGCCAAGUCCAUCAGGGGAGGUGGUGUUGGCCCCCAUCAGAGGCUCGGUGCUCAGGGCCAGCCGCAGUCCUCCUCAGAGGAUGAGCUCUACACCCGCAUGCUCCCCCCACGCCUCCCCAUCAGCCCCACAGACGCUGAGCCGCCCAGCCGCUCCGACUCCCUCAGGUCAUCGCCGGAAGAGGCGAGCUCGGCCGGAAGCAGCUUCGUCGGCCUGCGGGUGGUGGCCAAGUGGUCGUCCAACGGCUACUUCUACUCAGGCCGCAUCAUCAAAGACGCCGGCGAGGGGAGAUUCCGCCUGCGGUUCGAUGACGGCUACGAGUGUGAGGUGGCGGGGAAGGACAUCCUGCUGUGUGAUCCCAUCCCCCUGGAGACGGAGGUCACCGCUCUGCUGGAGGACGAGUACUUCAGCAUAGGUGUUGUCAGGGGCCAUAAGACAGAGGGGCAGGACCUGUUCUACAGCGUGGAGAAGGACGGCCAGAGGCAGUGGUACAACAGGACCGCCGUCAUCCUGUCUCUGGAGCAGGGCAACAAGCUGAGGGAGCAGCACAGCCUCGGCCCCUACGAGCCCUCCACUCCUCUGGCCAAGGCCUCGGACAUCAGCCUGGAUAACCUGGUGGAGGGGAAGAGGAGGCGCAGAGGAGCCCCCGGAGGCGAGAACACUCCCAACCGCAGCACCUCCAGCAGCCCCCGAACCCCCGGCCCCUCCGGCAAGAGGAAGCUGAUGACCUCCGAGGACGACAGGACGCCGGCCAAGAGAGGCCGCAGGGGCCCGGGCGCCAGAGCCGGUCAGCGCGUCGGCGUGUGCAACACCUCCGGCAGCGGCACCGACCUCCCCGCCCAGGCUCGCGACGUGGCCGCCACUCACGGCCCGCUGCCCCACAACGCGUCUCUCUUCAUGGGCUUCGCCUUCAUGCUGACUGCCUCGUCCGAGAGCGACCGGCUGACCAACAAGCUCACCAGCGACGAAGAGGAGGAUUACGUGGAGACGGGUCCAUACAACAAAGCCUACACAGAGUCGCAGCUGCAGGCGGGCGGAGGCUUCAUCCUGCCAGACUUCAAUGAAGAACAGUGUAAAGCAGCUUACCAGAGCCUGCUCAUCGCAGACCAGCACUGUCGUACACGAAAGUACUUGCUGUGUUUAGCCAGCGGCGUCCCGUGCGUGUCGCACAUCUGGGUGCGAGACUGCUGCAAGGACAACAAGCUGCUCAACUACAGGAACUACCUGCUGCCUGCCGGCGUGGGGCCGGACGACGCCAUAGUGGAAUGGCAUCCUCGCAGCAGCCCGUUCAAGGCUCUGCGGGUCCUCCUGGUGUUUGAGAAGCCAGAGGAGCUUUGGGCACAGCUGAUCACGAUGGGCGGAGGUUCCUCUGUGCGACAGUUCCAGGCGGAGAAGGACAGUUCAGACAUUCCUGCUGGCAAGUAUGACGUUGUGGUGACAGACCAUGCCUGUCCACCAUUGGUAGAGAAAAAUAUGACAUCACAGGAAGUCCCGCUGGUGUCUCCCGAGUGGCUCAUCCAGAGUGUCAUCCUUGGGCAGUACCUGGGUUUCCAUAGCAAGCCUCAAUAUCGCCAUGACUACUCCUCAUAAUCUGAGUCCACAAGUGCAAAAUGCCUUCGACCACGUUAAAUGUUCAGCAUUAGUCCUGUCGCAUGCCUCUGCUGUAUAUAACUUUAUCCUGUCUGUUUUUAUGGGAUAAUAAACUGUGACCCUUGUUUCAUUUUAA